AUGCCUCGGUGGCUUCCUUUCGUCCCAUAUCCGGCUGCCAAGCCUGGAUAUUGGAGCCCUGUUACUUCUACGUUGAACUGGUGCGAAGAGGACUACUAUGCCACGCCGUACUCCGCAGAGGUCGUCAACAGCUUCACCAAUCUAAUGUUCAUGUACCUGGGAAUCAAAGGCUAUCUGAGCUGUCGCAGAAACAGACAUGACACGGUAUUCCAGGUUUCUUUUCUCGGAUACCUUGUGGUGGGAACUGGCAGCUUUCUGUUCCAUUCAACUCUGAAAUGCAAGUCAAGCCUCCUGAGACACCCGAUGCAGCUAGUUGAUGAACUCUCCAUGAUCUACACAACAUGUUUGAUGGCAUAUGCGUCCUUUUCGUACUCCAGGGAUAUCUGGACCCGGGUCUCGCUCGCCGUGUCGCUGACAGCUCUGUCGGUAUUCAUCACGCUGUAUUAUCACUACCUGCAGGAUCCAGUCUUCCACCAAAACGCAUAUGCGCUCUUGACAACCGUCAUCGUGUUACGCAGCAUGUGGAUCAUGGAGGUAACGUUGCGUCCCUCGCUCCGCAAGACUACCGAAGAAGAUCGCUUGGAGCGACAGAGAAAGGGUUUGCCCACACCUUCGAAAGAAAGACUGCACUACGAGAAUGUGCGGGAUCUGAAGACCCUGAAGACAAUGUGGUUCAUGGUCGUAUAUGGACUCGCUAUGUUUCUCGGUGGCUUCUUCAUCUGGUUCCUCGACAACCAAUUCUGCCCUACUUUGAGAAGGUGGCGAAGAGUUGUCGGUCUACCAUGGGGGGUGCUCCUGGAGGGACACGGCUGGUGGCAUCUUAUGACUGGUAUUGGCGCCUACCUCUACAUCAUCUGGGGUAUUUGGCUUCGCGUGUGCCUGAACAACCACCAGGAUGAAUUCAUGCUGCAGUGGCCUCAUUUCUACAACUUCCCCGAGCUCGUUCGGGUACAGCCCGAGAGUAGCCACGAAAACGGCUCGUCCAAGAAGGACUCAUGA